AUGGUGUCUCAUAGGCCAGCAGAAGAGUGGGAAAGAGGAAGAGAGCAGGGUGCAUUUUGGGAAAGUCAGGAAAGCUGGAGCCUGGUAAAGAGUCCGUUGGAAAGUCUGCAACUUCUGAUGCAGCUUUUGGGGAAGUGUUACAGGGAGGCGCGUGAGGCUGGAUUUCAAAAGGAUCAGUUAAGGCCAAGUGCUGUAGAAGCAGACUCGCCUGCAGUUGGAGUGAAAUAUUCUGUUCCUAAUAAAACAGGAGGAAUGAAGAGUUUACAAACAUUCAAAUCAGACUGGGAUUCUACUAGUUUGAGACCCAAUAAUGCGGCUGGUCAAAGAGCCCAGCACUUGAAAGUCGAUAAAUGUCUGUUGGUAUCACAAUCAGUGACCACAGACCAGUCAGCACCCACAGAACUGAGGCAGGCGGCCCUAGUAGAUAAAGACCAGAUGAAUAUUGGAGCCGUGUCUCUGUCAGAAAAUGCAGCGCUCCGUGGCCUGCAUGAAUCACAGCUGCCAGAGAACAGCAGCAGCAAGGAAGCAGACCUAGACUUAGAAAUGGCAUCUGAGGAAGAGCAAGAAGGACGUGCUGGGAGUGAAAACAACCAGUCACAGGAUAAAUGUGUUUUACAAGCAUGUACUGUGAAAGAAAAGAAAUCUGAAGGUCAAAUCAGGCAGAUUAAUCUUUCACCUGUGCAUCUGCAAAAAAUGCCUGGAGAACCAGGAAUGAAUAAGGAACAGGACAGAAAGGACGUACCUGUAUCUUCAAAACAUUCUUGUGUGGAGAAGCAUGAGGACAUGUGGGUCAAAAAAGGCAAAUUAGACUGGAAAAAUAAUACAAAAUUUAUCACAAAGAAGUUAAAUCAGAAAGUCAGUAAAAUCCGUGAAAAAUGCAAAAUUACUGUUCAUCGUAAGGCAGAGUCACUACAUGACAACUCUGAACUACAUGGUGACUUAAAGGAACUACCUUCCAAUGUGACAAAUAAUAUAUGUUAUUCUGAGGAAAAAGAUGCACCUGGAGCCUCCGUCUCUGUAGGAUUCCAGGCGUUCCCUCAACACAAAGAGCCCAGUCUUGAAAAUGUUUUUCCAUCUUACUCCAAGUCUGGUUCAGCAAAGUAUGGCAGCCAGUCAUCUUCAAAACUUUAUUUAAAUGAAAAUAAGUUAACUGAAAAUGAUAAACCAGACACUGAACAUGUUUUUAAUAAAAAUGAGGAGGGUUUUUAUAACGAUAGAGCAAAUGAAAUAAGGAACCGAGUCCGACUUCUGGUGGAAGAAGACCAAGAAUUUGAUACGAAAAGAAAACAGAAAAGGAGCCAGAGUGCUCCCUGGAAAUCAGACACUGGACACGCACCUCAGGUCAGUGACCCAGAAAGCCUUUUUGGCUUGUGGCUUUCCCGCCCUGGUGAGAUGAAACACAUGAUUCAGAUAAAAAGUCACGAUAUGUCUGCUGUUUCAAAUACUCAUAAGAAAACCAAACCAAUACAAGACCAGCUCCAGAAGCCAUUGCUUGCAGAUAACUGCGGUGCUAAUAACUCUAAAAUCAUGGACCCCGAAUUAGGAAAUUUGAGUUCUUCUCCAUCAAAUGGUAACAGAAAAGUAUAUCUAAAAGAGUUACACCAAGAUAUGCAAAGGUUUAAGAAUGAGGUAGGCAUGUUACAAGUAGAAUUCCUGGCUUUGGAAAAAGAAAUUCAGCUUCAGAAAGAGGUUAAAGGAGAAGAGAACAGGAACAAAAGUGGUGAACUGAAAGGAUCAGAAACCAUGUGUGAUGGCAACUGUUAUAAAGGACCAACUCAGCGGAGGAAGAGGGGAAAAACUGAUGAUCAGCAGUUUCCUGCUCUGCAGAAAGGAAAUUCUGAUAGUAGCUCCCCUGGCUUGCCUAUGAAGGAAGUAAAGAAGAAUGAAAGUGGAAAAUGGACAUUAAAAGCAUCUGUGACUUCACAUGUAUUUGAGAAGACUGCCUCACUAGCUGGUGGUCUCCUACACAUGAAUGACAACAGCAGUUUAAGUGAAGGCGAUCUAGAUGAGGACAAGUCUUCAAAGAAAACAUCUGCUAAAAAGGACAAGGUCAAAGAGCAGAUGAAUUCUGUGGAUGACCUCGAUGACUUAACUCUGUCACCAGAAACAGCUUCCGAGGACUGCGAGUCGCUUUACCCUAAUUAUAAGAACACCCUGAGGCUAAUCGAACGACUUGUCCUGGAGUGUAAAGAUUAUGUUACCUUAUUGAAAAUUCAGAAUGCAGUUCAUUCACUCAGAAGAUUAAUAGAAUGUAAAGAAUCUGACUGUGAACUACUUAGAGGAAAAGUUAAAAAAAUGGAAAAUAAGGUUAACAAGCUACAAAAAGAGCUUUUGGAAGCAAGAGAAAUGAAUUCACAGUUAGAACGUCAAAAUGUGGCAUGGGAACGAGAGCUCUGCAGUAUGAGGUACUGA